GGACUUAGCCGCGCCACACAACUUAUUGGACAAUCCUGAACUGCAAUACUUAGUCAGUCAAAUCUGUUUAUCCAGUGGCGCAUCUAGUAGAGCCCAUGCCAGCGCUCGCUCGCUCACCAUAAUUCUUACCCCAUGGAGCAUAAUUACGACCUCGGAAACAAUAUAUAACAUGCAUGAUUGGCAUCCACACUCGUGGCGUGGGCAUCAUAUGCCAAAGUAUCAUAUAUUACAGCCAAUUCUCUCCACCCAUCUGGAAAAUGUCCUCCACUACAGGCCAACUGGAAGAAAGUCUAAGCAAACUUCAGAUCACUGACUCAAAUGCACCGUCUACCCCGGAGCAAUGGGUGCCCUCUAAAUACAGCUCGGACAUAUCUCAGUACGUUCUCGUCAGGCCUCCCCGGGCCCCAUGCGGCCAUCGUCAGCUAUUUGGUUUUCCUAUUACCAAAAAGGAAAUUUGGGACAUGGGUGUCAUUGCUUUCCAACAUGUUCAGCCAGACGAGAUACUACCAGAUGACCACACCUUCUUCGUCAUGAAUUCCCUUACCUUCAUCAAGCUGUCUCUCGGCCUUCGUGUUUGCACUACCGCACGUGGCAAGGUGGUUGGAGACUUGGAUAAUAUCCCACCGCAGUGUUUGACGCCGUCGGGAAAGGUGCUGUUGUUAGUAUUGUGGAGGGAUACAGAACCCGAGGCUACCUGUCCCACGCCCAGUCAAGUGCGUGCCCUGGAGACGAAGAUUGGGCGCUUACCGGGAUGGUGGGUAGAAAUCCCACAAUUUGGAUGAGUACUUAUUCCGCCAUCGUUCUAUCACUGGCUUUGUCGCCUAUCCCACUUGUGCCUACCCAUCUUAUUCAGUAUCUGCCAUAGAACCAAUAACUCUUGCACUUUUACUAUG